CAAAGGCAAGAGAACGAUACACAAAUACCAACAUACGAAUUUUUUUUUAGCAUACCAAAAUUUACAUGUUCACAUAUAUAGAUAUAUAGAUAUACAUAGAUAAGAGACAGAAAGCUAGAGAGAGGAGAGAGAAAUGGUGGGCUCGGGAGGAGGAGGAAGCGGUGGAGGAGGAGCAGAUCAUCAUCACCAACAUCAUCAUCAUCACCAUCACCAUCGUCAUAAUAAUCAUCAACAAAGGAGCAAAGAAGCCGUGGGCAUGGUGGCCCUCCACGAGGCCCUUCGAACCGUUUGUCUUAACUCCGACUGGACUUACUCUGUCUUCUGGUCCAUCCGUCCUCGUCCGAGAGUUCGUGGUGGUAACGGCUGCAAGGUUGGAGACGACAAUGGAAGCCUGAUGUUGAUGUGGGAAGAUGGAUUCUGCCGAGGAAGAGGAAGUGGAGAUCAUUGCUUCGGAGACAUGGACGGAGAAGAUCCUGUCCGAAAGGCUUUCAGCAAAAUGUCCAUCCAACUAUAUAAUUAUGGCGAAGGGUUGAUGGGGAAGGUUGCUUCGGAUAAAUGCCAUAAAUGGGUAUUCAAGGAACAAACCGAAUCCGAAUCCAAUGCUUCUAGCUAUUGGCAGAGUUCUUUCGACGCUAUUCCCCCGGAAUGGAACGAUCAAUUCGAGUCGGGAAUUCAGACGAUAGCAGUUAUUCAAGCAGGUCAUGGGCUGUUGCAACUUGGUUCUUGCAAGAUUGUACCAGAGGAUUUACACUUUGUGCUAAGGAUGAGGCACACGUUCGAAUCAAUCGGCUACCAAUCCGGAUUUUACCUUUCUCAACUCUUUUCUUCGAACCGAACCACUUCCCCUUCACCUUCGCCAUCGCAUUCCACACUCAUCGGCUCAAACCAUCCAAUCAUCGCACCGCCGGCUCAGCCACAGCAUCUUCCGGUAUACAACUGGGCGAACCAGCGGCCGAUGGUCCCACCACAACUCCCCGUCCCGACCUUGCCGAACUUCCAUACGCAUCUGCCGUUCCCACAACCCAACAAAGAGCAAGAACCCGACGUGAAAUGGCCAAACGGGUUAUCAUUCUUCAAUGCGUUGACCGACAACGUCAACGCGAAGCUUCUGUUCGGUUCAGAGGGAUUAGGGGACAAACCGGAUCAUCAAAACCAGAAUCAGAAUCAGAAUCAAGACCAGAGUAGUUCUGAGAACCAAGCGAACCCGACCGAGUUCUUGAGCCUUGAUAGUCAACGGAACAUGACUUUCUUGGAGUGACAUAGUUUUUGUCGGUAAUCUAAGCUUAGUUGCUUUUGUUCUUGUUGUCGUUUCCAUGGUUUCUUUUGGUUUGGUCUCUACGUAUUAGUUACUGUUGGAUGGCCGUUUUUUUUUUACUUAACGAAAGUUUUUUUUCCUUUAAAAUGUUCCAUGCAAGUUACGUUUACGUGAAAUCUUUUUCUUCUU